CAGCGCCUGGCUUCACACAACAGAAAGGCUGCUGGUCCGGGCGCUUGUUAUCCCCGCAUGGGAGCGAUCUGGCGAGUAGAGACUCCCUCCUGUAGUCCUGAAGGAGGAGGACUCAAGACUCCAAGGAGAAGAAGGGCCGUUGUGUCUUGGACUCCCAGCAGCUGGCAGCAGGAAGGAGCAGAAGCUGGAUCUGAAGGCAGGAAACUGGACUUGCUUCUAGAAAGAAAUAAGCUCAGGGCACGGAAGGAACAGUUGCAGACUUUAUGUAAGGAAAACGAUCACUGCCUUCAGAGGGUGGGUGAAAGGCCGUGCUGGCUGGAUGAUGUCAGAUAUCUGUACUGUGCAUAACUGAAGGAGCCACAACCAUGGUAUUCUAUUAAAUGCUGAACACAGGUGUUCCGGGGCCCCUGCUGGCCAUGGGUUGUUUCCGAACUUCGCCGAGUCAUUCCUGGAUUUAUCCCACUGUGAUCCUCUGCUUAUUUGGAUUUUUCUCCAUGAUGAGACCCUCAGAACCCUUCCUUAUCCCUUAUUUAUCUGGACCAGGUAAAAACCUGACCAGCUCAGAGAUCACAAAUGAGAUCUUUCCUGUGUGGACCUACUCUUACUUGGUGCUGCUUCUCCCCGUGUUUGUCCUCACCGAUUACGUCCGCUACAAGCCAGUCAUCAUCUUACAAGGGAUUAGCUUCAUCGUUACCUGGCUGCUGCUCUUGUUUGGCCAAGGAGUGAAGACCAUGCAGGUUGUAGAGUUUUUCUAUGGGAUGGUCACUGCCACCGAGGUGGCCUACUAUGCUUACAUUUACAGUGUGGUCAGCCCAGAACACUAUCAGAAAGUGAGUGGUUACUGCAGGAGUGUCACGCUGGUGGCCUACACAGCAGCCUCAGUGCUGGCCCAGAUCUUGGUAUCUCUGGCCAAUUUAUCCUACUUCUACCUCAAUGUCAUAUCCCUGGUCUCUGUCUCCAUGGCCUUUCUUCUCUCACUUUUUCUACCAAUGCCCCAGAAAAGCAUGUUUUUUCAUGCAAAACCCAGCAAAGAAGUACAAAAGCCAUCAAACAAGAAUGGCGUGUUAGGUGAACCUCAGGAGGGGGAAGCACCAGGCUGCAAAGAGGAGAAACCCACGUCGGAAAUAUCUGCCACAUCGGAGAACCCAGAUGAUGGCCUGUUGAGCAGCCUAAAGCCAAAAAAUUUAGCUUUGAGAGUUUUCAUGCAGUGGUUCCAAGAUCUGAAGGAGUGCUAUUCCUCAAAGCGUCUUUUUUACUGGUCCCUGUGGUGGGCGUUUUCCACAGCAGGUUUUAACCAGAUUUUGAACUAUGUUCAAGUCUUGUGGGAUUAUAAAGCACCAUCCCAAAAUUCUUCUGUCUAUAAUGGGGCAGUAGAAGCUCUCGCAACCUUUGGAGGGGCUGUGGCUGCCUUUGCAGUGGGUUAUGUGAAAGUCAACUGGGAUCUUCUGGGAGAGCUGGCUCUGGCGAUCUUCUCAGUUGCCAAUGCAGGCGCUCUCUUUCUCAUGCACUACACAACCAACAUCUGGGCAUGCUAUGCUGGCUAUUUGAUAUUCAAGUCCAGCUAUAUGCUUCUUAUAACCAUAGCUGUAUUUCAGAUCGCAGUUAAUCUGAGCGUGGAGCGCUAUGCUCUCGUGUUUGGAAUCAACACCUUCAUUGCCCUGGUGAUUCAGACCAUUGUAACUGUGAUCGUGGUGGAUCAGAGAGGGCUCAAUCUGCCAAUCAGCAUUCAGUUUUUAGUUUAUGGGAGUUAUUUUGCAGUCAUUGCUGGAAUUUUCCUAAUGAGAAGCGUAUACAUUAUCUAUGCAGCCAAAUGCCAAAAGAAGGUGCAGAGCUCUGCUACAAGUCAGAAUCCAUAUGGACCACACCCAGAGGAGCCAAGGGAUGUCAUCAUGGGAACAAAGCUCUAAUCUUAUGUGAACCAUUACAACCUCUGAGCAAGGACUGUGCUGGUCACAAAGCCACUAAGUGCCAUAAGUUGACAUGUUUCACAAGUGUGGUUUCCAAUGAACCUUUUCAAAACCACAACAAAAUGUCAGCUUUAGACCAGAUAUCUAUGUGCUCAGCUGAACUGGAUGAAGUCAACAGGGCCCAUUAUCUCAAUGAAACAACCCAUUUUGGCAACCCCAGUGAAUAGCAAUAGCUGGAAAAUUCUGGUUUUGAUCACUUGCAAAGACAUGCAAAGGCAUGGAAAGAAACCAUAAGAAAGUUCCAGCUGUCCUGGAGUUGAUGUUCCCCAUUCGUGAGCAGAAAUACUAGCUAGACUGACCCUGUUGCUUGGCUUAGAUAUUUGUUUUAUCUUACCAAAACAGGCAACCCAUGGGACAUUUUUGUCACAUGAGCCAUUUUUCUCCUUCCAUUAAGUGUAUUUCUAUAUAACUUAACAGUUCUCUGAGAGAAUUGCAGGAUUUAGUCCCAUUUCUAAGGACUCCUCUUCAAUCCUGAUAACAUAGCAUCACUCACAAAGUAGUAUUUGAUAAUAUCACCAUUUAAUUGUUUCAUGAUUAUUUUUCAUUUUGCGCUCUGCUGAGCUGUGCUGUUGAAACUCUACCUCAGGAAUAGCUGCAACCCUCCUGUGUGUCCACAGAAUGACAUUCAUGUCCAUUCCCAGUGGCCCUAGGAAAAGUAAUGAGCUUUCUCCCUAAUGUGACACCAGAGAGGUGUUUUAAUGCUCUGUCAGCAUGAUGUCUGUCCAAGACAGAAAAAGUUAAGUAGAAAUUUCCAGGGGUUUCUAGAAGUAUUCGUAAAUAAGAAAACACUGAUGGGGGAGGCACCUGAUUUUUAAAUGGCAGAAAUUGUGCUAAAUAAAAUUAAAUGUGCAAAAAUAUUAAAGAGCCUAAUUUUUUGAUGAAUUGUACUGAAAAUUGGCCUUUUCUGUCCUUUGAAUCUUCAGUAGAGGCUGUAUUGAGCAGUCUGCCAGCGGGAAUAAAGAAUGCUGAUUCAAGAUUUGUAUUUCAAAUACACUCUUCUCCAAAUCCAAAAGUUCAGUCCCUGGACUGAAAAGAAAAUUUCAGCCCAAAAGCCAACACAUUCGCUUAAUGGAGAAAAUUAAUAACUUUCCUACUUAUAGCAAAAUCAGGGAAAGGAUGAUCAGUAUCAGCUUUCUUACUUAACUUGUUGUAUUGGAGGUAUUAGCCAACACAAUCAGACAAGCAAAAAAAAAAAAUUAGAAGUCGGAAAUUGGAAAGGAGGAGGCAAAAUUAUCAUUAUUCCAGAGACUACAAGUAUACACUGAAGAGAGUCAGUUAAAAACUGAGACAGUGUAAGUAUAUAUCAAAACUGGCAGCUUUAAGAUACAACUAUUUAGAAGAUAACAUGGAUGUAAAAGACCCCAUUUAUAGUAGUACAAAAGUAAUAAAAUUCCUAAGAUUAUAUUUAAUUAAUAACUUAAAUGUGUAUAACAUAUAUGAAUUCACCUGAAAACACUUUUGAGGAUGAAUGCUUUUUUAAGUGUAAAAAGGAGGUUAAAUUAUUUGCAGAGAGUAAAAUGCUACUCUCUGCUCUUAAUUUCAGUAACAUAGGAGCAUGAAAAAGUCCAAUGGAACAGAGUAGAAAGUUCUGAAUGAGUCCCUAAUUCAUAAGGGAUUUAAGACUAUGAUAAAGAUCGCAUCUCAUACAAGAGGAAGAAGAGGAUGGAAUAGUUAAUAAGAUUGAAACAGAUUUUUUUCAAAGGAGAAAAUAAGUAGGACCCAAGAGUGCUAGAAUAUCUCUCAAUAAGUAAUAUAUAUGAAUCACAAUGCAGAUGUAAAAUAUGAAACUACAAAAAUACCAGAAGAAAGCAUGCAAGAAUUAUUUUAUAACCCUGAACCUUUCUAAAGGAACACAAAACCUAGAAGUCAUUAAAAAAAAAAGAAUUGACAGCAUAAAGCUAAACUAUGCAUCAAAGAAAAACUAUAAGCAAAGACAAAUGAUAAUCUGGGAAAAAUAGUGUGACUUGUCAAAGCUACUUCCCCUAAUUCAUAAAGAACCAAUACAAAUUGAUAAGAAAAAGAUCAAUAACCUGAUAGAAAAAUGGGAAAAGGACACAAACAGGGAAUUCAGAGAAAGAAAAAUACAAAUGGCUCAGACAUGUAAAAGAAGCUCAAAUUAACUCAUGGGAGAAACGUAUAUUAAAACUGCAAUGAUACCAUUGUUCAACUGUCAGACCAGAAAGUAAUCCCAAAGUGUGACAAUGCACUUUGUUCCCUGGGAAUGGGUCCACAAGCAGUCUCAAAGAUUGUUGGUCAGAGUGUAAAGUAGUUUCAUUGCUACGAAGGAAAAUCCCACGUUCUCAAAAUUACAAAUGUUCAUCUCUUUCCACCUAUAGACUUCUCUGAUGGCAAUAUACACUACCAAUAUCCUUGCAAGGCUGGGAACUGACGUGUAGAAAAGACUUUUUAUUACAGUGUUGUUUCUAAGAACAAAGGACUGGGAACUAUUUAAAUUUCAUUAAAUGGCAGGGAAAUGUAUUAUGGUACACUAAUAUAUUCAUUUAUAAUCAUAUUAACUACAUUAGAAAAUGAGGAGCAUCUUUACAUAGCAAUAAAGGGCUCUAGAAUAUAUUAUUGUGUGGAGAAAAAGUCAAGUGCCAAAAUAAUAAUGAAUGCAAUGGCUUGUCAUUUGUUUAAAAGUAUGGAGAAAAAUAUCUAUGUUCGUUUAUAUACACGUACAACUUUUCUGGAAGGACAAACAAAACAUCUAACAGUCAUGACCUGCUGUGGCGUAAUGGGAAAUGGGAGGAUGGCAUCUUUUCACAGCUUUUGAUAUUUGCGCCCUGGAAAUUACCCACCCCAAAUUAAAAUGCUAAUUUUAAAAAACUGUUUAACCUCUUGGGAAAUAAACUAGCAGUGAAGAAGAAA